CAGACCGCAAUUCGCUUGUAAGAAAUUGGUAAAUCAGUUAACGGAAAUCGAAUUUGAAAUCACCAAAACUGUAUACUCAACGCUAUACUCGAACGUAUUUCACAAUGUCUGAUCUUGGAAGCGGCGAUGACGGCAUGUCAGGAUCAAAAUAUAAUGCGAGCAAUAUGGAAGGCUCUUCAAGUAGAAAUGAUUUUGAAUCGGGAAAAGCUAGCAGUGCUGUAGAGCAGGAAUUGGCAACAAAAAUGCUUCAAAUCCAAUCGAAGCGAUUUUACUUGGAUGUUAAACAAAAUCGUCGGGGACGCUUUAUAAAGGUGGCUGAGAUAGGAGCAGAUGGCAGACGAAGUCAAAUAUAUUUAGCUCUGUCCACAGCAGCUGAGUUUCGUGAUCAUCUAUCAUCUUUUAGUGAUUAUUAUGCAUCUCUAGUUAAUCGAAACGCAGGGCCACCAAACACAGACAAUUUACCGGAGGAUGGCAAAUUGAAAUCAGAGAUGAUGAUCAAGGACAAUCGAAGAUAUUAUUUGGACUUGAAGGAAAAUGCACGAGGGAGAUUUUUAAGAGUUUCGCAAACAAUAACAAGAGGUGGACCCAGAUCUCAAAUCGCAUUGCCAGCUCAGGGCAUGAUUGAGUUUCGCGACGCGUUAACUGAUUUGCUAGAAGAAUUUGGAGCUAAUGAUACAGGGUAAAGUAUUUCUAAAC